AUGAAGGGCUUCAUCGGUGGAAUCCCCAUCGCACUGCUGGCAGUCGCUGCCCAGGCUAAGCUCGUUGAGCGUGAACAUGGCUUCCCACCCACUCAGAAUGGUGGCACCGCCAUGGGUGGCCCAUCCGGAGAUGAUAGUGACGGCGGCUUUAUCAGUCCUUAUUCCGCCAGCAUCAAAACCAACACCCAGGUCAACGAGUGGAACAAAGAUGACCACUCGAUCAACGUGAAGCACAAGGAUGUGUAUCCCCGUCCCCACCACGCUCCCGCUGUCUUCGGUCCGCCUGUGGUCGAGGGACCUCAAGUCCCUGGCAUGGGUCCAUUCGGGAAGCGCAGCACCCCUGGCGGUACUGCCAUGGGAGGGCCCUCUGGCAACGAUGAAGGCCAGAGCUUCGAUAUGCCAAUCACUGGAAUCUUCAACACUGAGGUCAAUGACUACAAUCAAGAUGACCACUCUAUUGAUGUCAAGAACACCCACGUUCACCCACCUCCUGUUGCUGCAGUCCAACCCCCUGUUCACUUCGUUUUCAACACGCCCCCUGAGGCAUUUGAGAAGCGUUUCCACCCUCAGGAGGGUGGUACUGCCAUGGGUGGCCCUGGCGGCGGUUCUCACUACUCUCACGGACCCGAGGGAUUCCCUCGUCCCCACGGUGGCGUCGCCAUGGGUGGUCCCUCUGGAAACGAUGGCGGCCUUGAAUUCAGCAAGCCCGUGACCGGUCAUUUCCACACCAAUGUGAAUGAGUUCAACGAGGAUGACCACUCCAUCGAUCUCAAGCACAAGGAUGAGUACUUGCCGGAACCCGUUGCCCCGGCCUUCCUCUCCCUUCGGCGCUCCUUUCAAGCGUGGAUGGGAGCCUGCGCAGGGUGGCACCGCGAUGGGUGGUCCCUCCGGCGACGAUGGUGUGUCAAUGAGCACAACGAGGACAACCACAGUAUCCACUCCUCACAUGAAGAUGUUUAUCCUGCACCUCACGUUGUCCCUGGACCCCAUUAUGGUGGCCCUGGUCCUGUUAUCUUCAAUUCUCCGGCCAACCACGGUCCUCCCAUUCCUGCGCAGCAUGGACCUCCCCACCAUAGUGGUCCCCCUCACGGUCCUCCAUUUGGCGGUCCCCCCCAUGGUCACCCUGAUGUCUUUGCCCCUCACACUGACAUCUACGCGCCUAAGACUUAUGCUCCAUCGGAAGACAUUGACUUGACCUCCAUCAAGCAGCUUAACAACGGCCCUUCAGCUGGUGGCGUUGGUCCGUUCAACCGUCGCUCAACCGACCUCCCCCUGCGCACUUUGAGCACGGCCCUGCUGGCCCGCCUGCUGGCCCGCCUUCUGGUCCCCCUUCUCACUUUGAGCACUUCCCUGGUCCCCCCCCCUCCUCCUCAGGUCUACGCACCAUACACCGCUGUCUACGCGCCCGAAACCUAUGCGCCUGAGGAGGACUUCGACCUCGAAUCGAUCCAGCAGAUCAACAAUGGCCCCUCAGCUGGAGGUGUGGGUCCCUUCAAUCGUCGUGCCUUCUCCCCUAGCCGUGAGGCUGGCGGUGGUGGCGGCGGUACUGCCAUGGGAGGUCCUUCCGGAGAUGACGAAGGUGCUGGGUUCUCCGACCCCACUGAUAUCGACGUUACCACUGGCGUGAAUGAGCACAACGAGGACAACCACGCUAUCAAGGGCGACUUUACACACGUGCACCAUCCCAACACCGUUUACAACGCUGAUCCCUACCAAUACGAGUCCCCUGCCGCUCCCGCCGAGUACCCCGAGAGCGAGAGCUACCCUGCUCCUCCCGCGCACUCCUUCGAAGCUCCUCCCUCCGCAGAGGUCCCCGAGAGCCAAGCCUCUCCUCCCUCUCCCCCCAGCUUCACCCCCGAGGAGGAGUCCACGCCGCCUAGUGAGGAGUCCGCCCCUCCCAGUGAGGAGUCCGCCUCUCCCAGUGAGGAGUCCGCCCCUCCCAGUGAGGAGUCCGCCCCUCCCAGCGAGGAGUCCGCCCCUCCCAGCGAGGACCACGAGCAAGAUUCCAAGUGCUCUGCCCAGGUCCACGAAGUUGUCCGCACUGUGACCAAGACUCAGUACAAGACCGCCGAGGCCACUCGUCUGGUUGACCCCAAGAUCAAGUCUUACGCUGCUUCUGCUUCUGCCCAUGCCUCCCCUGAAGCGGGCAACUUCGGCUACAACUACGCUUCCCAGCGUCCCUUGAGCCAGGCUGCCUCCUUCUCCAUGAUCCCUGUGCACGUUCCCAUGGCUACCCCUUCGUCCGCCGGUGCCUACUCCAUGGCUACCCCCUCCGGUACCCACGGUCUCAACAUGCCUACCGACGUCUCUGCUGAGCACAAGGCUUCGCCUUCUUCCUCUGCUUGGGCCUCCGCCUCCCACGGCGUCAUGUUCCAAGGAGCUGCUCCUCGUCUCUCUGGCGGCAUUGUUUCUGUCGCUGCCGCUGUCAUGGGUGUCCUUGCUUUCAUCAUCUAG